GCCCGGGCGAAGGAGGCGGCGAGGCGGCGAGCCGCGGCGACUGCGGCCGACGGGAUGACAGCGCGUCAGACGCACUGGGUCCGCCCGACCCGGUGCUGGCGCAGUUCUUGGACGAGAUCCACUUCGACGGGGCGCAUCUCUGCUUGGGACAGCGCAUGCUCGCCGCGGCGCCGUUCCACCAGCUCCAGGGCUGGCAGCGCCUGGCGCCCGCGGGCUCCAGGCUCGGGGUGCCGCGCGAGGUGAUGUGCACGAUCGCGAUGUGGAUGUGGCUGCGCGGCCUCUUGGAAGGGGAGUCUCGCGACGUGGGGCGCGGGCGGGCGGGAGCUGGGUCGCUGACGCUGCGUGCCCGCGAGCGCGAGGUCGCCUCCAAGACCGAGGAGGUCGACCAGGCUCAGCUCUUGGACCUCGAGCGGCAGGCGGGCCUCGGGCCGGCCCUGGCCACCCCGCUGGAGGCGCGCUUCGGUGCCCAGUGGCGACAGUCGGUGCUGAAGCGGCCUGCGGGGGCUGCCUCGGCUCCGCCGCUGUUCGCGAUCAGCGGCAAGCAGGCGGGUCAGGUCUUCGGGGGGGCCGCGCAGGCGCUGGGGCCCCGGCGCGCGGGCGCGGUCUGCCGCUGCCAGCUUCGCCGCGGCGGCGCAAGCCACGACGCGGCGACCGGUGCCGGGGUGCUGGGUCAGAUCCGCCACAGGGGCCGCUGGCGCGCCCACGGCAGCCUCCGCCGGUGCGAGAAGGGCGCGCGGCUCGGCGAGGUGCUCAGACGUCUGGCGCCCCUUCUGCGCGCCCACGCGCUGCGCUGCGCCGACUUGCUCGCCGCGGUCGCGGCCGGGCGUCGCAGGCCCUUCGCGAGCCCCUGA